GGACAGCAUCCCCAUCCUCCAAAUCAGCGAAGCCGGUUAAGCCAUCGAAGAAACCCAGAUCCCCUGCAAACCACGUGUACGAGAACUCGGACACAUACUAUAACGUCCUCCCAACCCCACGUAAGGUGUGUACCCUGAUAGACUCAGACAGUACGUCAGACAAAGAGUGGGAGGUGCGGGAUUCGAACAAGAGUACAAGCUGUUACGUCAUGGACUGGCUAAAGAGCACAAGGAGGGUCUGAAACCUGAAAAUAAGAAGAGAAACAGAUUCCUGGCUCUGUUUCCAUAUGAUGAGAGCCGCGUUGUCCUGGCCCCUGAUGGAGACGCUACUUGCGACUACAUCCACGCCAGCUAUGUCCAGGGCUUCCACGAAGCAAACGUUUUCAUAGCUGCUCAAGGACCAAAUAGUGUAACCGUGGAUGACUUCUGGAGAAUGAUAUGGCAAGAAAACGUGUCACAGAUCAUCAUGCUAACCAGAGUAAUGGAACUGAACAGGAAAAAGUGUGAGCAGUACUGGCCAGAUGGCACGAGGGAUAAGAAGUGUGAAAAAUUGUUAUCAAGCCACUCCUAUCAACUGUCAGGGCGGAUUUCACCAUCAGGAAAUUCCUGGUUCAGCACUCCAAGACGCCCUCAGACAAGUGGACAGUGACCGCAGCUCCACUUCACGUCUUGGCCUGACCAUGAUGUUCCAUCAGCACCGGCUCUGGUUGGCUUCUGGAAGCAGUACAGGAGUAUGACGUCAUCAGAGGAGGAUAUUACUGGACCUGUGGUAGUACACUGCAGUGCUGGCGUUGGCCGGACGGGAACGUUCAUUGCUCUGGACAACCUCUUUGAUGAAGCCGAGUCUCUGAACAAAGUGAACGUGUUCGCAUGUGUGUCCAAGUUGAGGGAAGCAAGGAUGAACAUGGUGCAGACUGUGGAGCAGUACCGUUUCGUGCACGAGUCUGUCAUGGAAGCCAUCGAGAGUCGGGGAACUUUCUUCACCUUGUCCGACUUCGAGGGAAAGUUUGGUACCGCCUGAAAUACUCCAGACAACAGGACAUAGAGAUGAACAGACAGUUUCAGUCUCUUGAAUCCGCGAAGAUGGAGAUCCCAGAGAAACUGGUAUCUGAUGCUUAUCUUCCAGCAAAUGUUGGCAAAAACAGAAACAAGAAUAUUGUCCCAGCCAACAGAGGUCGGCCUUUUCUCUCAACUCCUGUCGCAGACCACAACGAUUACAUCAACGCCGUUAUAGUUCCAUCGGCAACACAACCCUUGGGUUUGAUAGCAACCCAGACCCCGCUAAAAGAUACUGUUGUAGACUUCUGGAGGUUGGUCUUUGACCAUGACUGUUUCACCAUCGUCUGUCUGGAAGAUGAGGGGGAGAAUCAGGCCAUAUAUCCAAGAAAGAAUGAAUCGUUGAACAUAGGACCGUUCCGCCUCACCACACUGAAGGAAGACACAUCACGAGACAGUUUCACUGAGAUGGAGCUUAACUUGGCUCUUAGAGAACAGGAUAACACACUCCACCAGAUCCGUGUGUUCAAAGUGAGAUCCCAGAUCCCCGGGCCUACAGAACCGAUGCUAGAGUUUGUGAAUGAGAUUGGAAGAAAAGGCAGUUCUGAAGAACACAAGACACUUGUACACUGCCUCGACGGUGCCCGACUGUGUGGAGUGUUCUGUAGUGUCCUCAACAUCAUCAGCAGACUGAGACUGGACAAAGAAGUGGACAUCUACCUGACCAUCCGAGAACUUCAGUGUAUCAGACCCCAAUUCAUCCAGUCGUAUGGUCAGUACAAGUUCUGUUACGACUUGGUGAAGGAGUACCUGCGAGAUACCUGCAUGUACGCUAACAUGUAAUCAGAGAACCAACACAUGGAGCGGUGCGGAGCCCAGGCUCUGUUGGUUUGUACGCAUAAUUUUGUUGUAAGAAUUAACAAUAUCCACGGGAGAGAAUCACAUACUUUUGUCAGCACGACAUUCUGUGGGUUUCAUCAACGUUGUCAACUUCAAAUACCUGUGUCACCUAUAGAAUUUCGCACAGGAAAUGAAUACUGUGAAAAUACUAGACACUGGCACCAAAACAAAGUUCAAACAUACCGGAAAUCAGUGUCAAGCAUGCAAUGACAACACUAGUUUCAAGUACCGAAUAUCAGUGCCAAGCAUACAAUGAAAACACUAGUCUCAAGUACCGAAGAUCAGUGCCAAGCAUACAAUGAAAACACUAGUCUCAAGUACCAAAAUCAGUGUCAAGCAUACCGCAAUGAAAACACUAGUCUCAAGUACCGAAAUAUCAGUGUCAA